AUGAGCAGCGGGCUGGUGGACGCGGCGGUGUUGGCACCGCUCAAACCCGUCAGCAUGUCCGGGGAGCCCAGCGAGGACACCCCGGUCUUCGAGGACAUCAAAGGCCCCUCGCGGCCCCUGGAGACCCCUCCCGAGCUGGCGCAGCUGCACCCCAUGAGGAUGGACCAGCGGAUGCCACCGCUCAUCCUGGAGGCACGCUCGGAGAUGGACAAGUACCUGUCCAGUGAGGUGCCGCCCGUGCCCAUGCUCCCGGACAAGAAGUACCGCCGGGAGAGCGCCUCGGUGGUGGACGAGUUCUUCUCCACGGAGAAACCCAGCUCGGCACCCUACAGUGUGAACAUCAACGUCAUCCUGCCCGACACCACCCACCUGCGCACGGGGCUCUACCGGCCCCCCAAGCCCGUGGCCCCCUUCCCGCAGAUCAAAUCCGAGCCCGGCACCGCCUUCUCCCAGCCCUGCUCGUCCUCCUCCGGCCCCACGCAGACCCUGCCCGACUUCACCAGCGUGUUCAGCAUGCCCCAGUCGGUGGCGGUCAACAACAUCUUCAUCAAGCAGGAGAUGCCCGCGGAGAUCCCGCUGUCCGCCCACCCGCAGCAAUCCCAGCUCUUCCAGCUGCCCCUGGGCGCCGCCAGCGCCGACGUUCCCACCCUGGCGUCCUCCUCCAGCAGCACCACGGCCAUCAGCUGCCUCAGCGGGGUCACCAUGUCCACGGGCUCGGUGGCCAGCGUGGCACACAGGCCCGUGCAGCCAGCGGGGCCCCUCAAGCAGUACCCACACGUGGCCCAGGGACAGGGCAGCUUUGGGAACAUCUCCGGGCAGUUCUACCCCGCCCCAGGGGUGACUCUGCCCCCCUCGCCCCCCAACUCACAGCCCGGCAGCCCCGAGAACCAGCCCGAGCUCAUCAACACCAUCUCUCCCCCGCCCUCCUAUGAGGCCACCUUUGGACUGAAGCUGGUGCAGUCGGCCCCGAUGCCCCCAGGGCCCAACGGCGUCGGGGGCCUCUCCCAGGGCCACGUGGUGAUGCAGCCCCCCAAGUACAACCGGCGCAACAACCCCGAGCUGGAGAAGAGGAGGAUCCACCACUGUGACUACCCAGGUUGCUCAAAGGUUUACACCAAGAGCUCCCACCUGAAGGCACAUCAGAGGACUCACACAGGUGAGAAGCCCUACAAGUGCACGUGGGAGGGCUGUGACUGGCGCUUCGCCCGCUCGGACGAGCUCACCCGGCACUACCGCAAGCACACGGGGGCCAAGCCCUUCAAGUGCCUGGCGUGCGGCCGCUGCUUCUCCCGCUCCGACCACCUGGCCCUGCACAUGAAGAGGCACCAGAAUUAG